CCAUGACGAAACACCUGUUACUGACUGGGGCCCCAGGUGUUGGAAAAACAACACUGUGUAAACAUGUUGCAACAACUCUUAGUGAGAGGUAUCCAAAUCAGAUCAAGGGAUUUUACACUGAAGAAGUUCGCAGUAAAGACCAACCAAGGAAAUCUUGUCGUAUAGGAUUUGACAUUGUAUCAGUGGAUAAUAAAACAAGAGCAUCACUUGCUAGAGCACAUCCAGAAGGAGUUCAAGCCCGAGGACCUAAGGUUUCAAAAUAUACAGUUGAUGUAAACUCGUUUGAACAAAAUGCUCUUCCCUUGUUAGGUCACAGUGGAUCUGGGAUAAGUAUUAUUGUUGUAGAUGAAAUCGGGAAAAUGGAGCUCUUCAGUCACAGAUUUAAAGCUCAAGUCAUGAAACUUUUCGAAAGUGACCUUGUGUAUCUAUUGUGUACUGUUCCAGUCCAAUCUAUUCCUUUUGUUGAUUCACUCAAGAACAGAACUGAUGUUGAGGUUAUUGAGGUUACAAGAGAAAACAGAGAUGAUAUGAUAGACAGACUUCUGAAAGUAUUGGACAGCAAAAUCAAUAAUUAGUCUGGAUUAAAUGUUUGAAGUGACAAGAGUGUCCGCAAUAGGGAUUGAUCUUUUAUACAUACACAUAUAACUGAAGUCUUGAAACAUAUGAGUAUUAAUAAUCAAAGGUUUAUUGAUAUUUUAG